AUGGAUUCGAAGAGUCACUCCCCAGAAAAUUUCAGCUUCCCGGUGAUAUCUGCUUGCAUCGAUUCUCCUCAACUUUGGCCAGAGACUUUCCUCCGGGACGACGCACACAGGAUGAGCUUCUCGAGCCGUUUGAGCGAGGAGAAGAUGGACAUGCUGUGGGAAGAUCUCAACGACGACCUUAUUAUUUGUCGCAGUCCGAGGGUCCAAUCCGACAAGAAGUCUUCGGCCUCCGACACCGCCGUGAACUUGACGAAGAAGCCGAAUGUGUUGGUGUUCAUGAGUGUAUUGAAGAAGCUUCUCCUCCUCCGGAGGUCGCCGGCGAAAAAUCGCCCACGUUGCAUGUUACAGGGAACGGUGAAUAAAAUGAUGGAAUCAUGUAUGCCACCGGGAUUCAGGUUUCAUCCGACGGAGGAAGAGCUCGUCGGUUAUUACCUAAAGAGGAAGAUCGAUUCGAUGAAGAGCGCCUUGGAUGUCAUCGUAGACAUUGAUCUCUACAAAAUGGAGCCAUGGGACAUUCAAGAGAGGUGCAAAUCAGGGUACGAAGAGCAAAACGAAUGGUACUUCUUCAGCCACAAGGACAGGAAGUAUCCAACGGGGACGAGGACCAACAGAGCGACAGCCAUCGGAUUCUGGAAAGCCACCGGCAGGGACAAGGCUGUCCUGUCCAAGGACACGGUGAUAGGUAUGAGAAAGACACUUGUCUUCUACAAAGGUCGAGCUCCUAAUGGCAGAAAAACCGAUUGGAUCAUGCAUGAAUACCGUCUCCAAAACUCUCAACACGCUCCUCCUCAGGAGGAAGGAUGGGUGGUAUGUCGAGCAUUCAGGAAGCCAACUUCAAACCAGAGGCCAUAUGGGUACGAGUCAUGGCCGAACCAUCUCUACCACCUCAACCAUCACCAAACCAUCAACGGUUCCUCAUCAAGCCAAAACGUCAACCAAAUGCUCAUGAACAAUCUCUGCUAUGGCGGCAUGGAGCUCCCACAGCUCCAUAGCCCGAAUUUGUCACAGAGUCUUGGGACGACGACUAGCAAGGAUCAGCGAGAGGGCUUCGAGCAAGAAGAAGGGGAGAGCUUCAACGGCAUUGAUUGGAAAACUGUUGAUGGUUUCCUUGCGACGCAAAUCACAGCCGAAAACUCUCACUCCAAUGUUCUUCUGUCUUCUUUUGAGUCACAGUCGUAUCCAUUGAGCUUGCCUCCCAUACACCAAAACUAUAACGAGCUCGGAGCUAAUACUACUCACAUUCUUGGAUGCUUCCCUGACUCGAAAUAAAGACUUCUUUGCCAUUGGCUACAGUUUCAUAAUGGUAAUCUGUUUGUUUUGUCUGGAAAAUAGUACAUACUAGUAAUGAUUCAUAUGUAUAAUAGGAGUU